AUGUCAUCAACCCUCGGGGGGUUGCGUCCUUCAAUCCAAUGGCGAGCGGGUGAUAUCGCAAAGUGCAUCACCAUCGUCCUGUCCUUGGCCUUCUUCGCAUGCAUCGUUGAGCACGAGAAGGGACGGAUGCACCUCUUCUCAGAGUCCUACAUUGACGCGGGCUUUUGCAUCGGCAACCGCGAAUUGAGUUGGACGGUUCAAAGUCAUGCCAUUAGCUUUUAUGCCGAUGCCGCCAUGGCCAUGCUCAUGGUUGGCCUCGUCUACUGGGGCCACCAACGCCGAGGUAUGCGCUGGGAGGCACUGUCACCCAUGUUCAAGAAUGCAUUGACGCUGUUGGGACAUGGCUGCGGUCAUUUGUUCUUGGCCAUCAACACGCAACGAGACGAUGCUGCAGCGAAGGCUUUUGAACGCCUGGGCCCAAGGGGAAAGGUGGCGGCCUUUGUGGCGCUGUUGCCCGUCUGGUAUGGUUUCAUGUCAGAUUCCAAACGAAGCAGAGCCAAAACUUUGGUAUUCGCGGUGUUCCACAAUGCUCUCCAAGUCUACGUGGUCCCAACUCGUUUCUUCUUUACUCACGUCUUGAUGGGAGUUCUUUUGAAUUCAGCCUUUCGCAAGUUGGCAAUGCCUCCCCAUCAGAAAGAUCUUUACUACGACUUGGAGGCUUGCCUUGUGGACAUUCCCAUUCUCUUGGCGGCGUUUGGAGAGGCUUUGUUUUGUGACAACUACCUCAUCCACUGGGGUGGACAUGUCUGGUUCGAUAUGGUGGUUCCUGCCAAGUUCAUGGUAUACUUUGCGAUUGUGCUGUGUAGAAGUGAUUCCUACGAACGAGCGCACGAGAAGUCUAAAUGA